UCCAGCUAUCGAUACCACAACCGAUAGCUUCGCCAGCAACCGAACAGCUGUCCGGCUAAAACACAUUUUUCUAUCAUAAUUAAUUGGCGCUAGGCGCAUUAUUAAAUCGUAAGGAGCUACUAAAUAACUAUGACUCGAAAUAGCAUCGACUUGGGCGACGUUACGCCGCACAACAUAAAACAACUAAAGAAGCUCAACACAGUGGUGUUCCCGGUCUCCUACAAUGACAAGUUCUAUGUGGAUGUUCUGGAGGCUGGCGAAUUGGCAAAAUUGGCCUACUACAACGACAUUGUGGUCGGGGCCGUUUGCUGCCGCAUCGAUACAACCGAGAACCAGCGACGCCUUUAUAUCAUGACCCUUGGCUGCCUGUCGCCCUACCGCCGCCUGGGCAUCGGCACCGUCAUGUUCGAGCACAUACUGAACUACGCGGAGAAGGACGGAAACUUUGAUAGCAUUUUUCUGCAUGUGCAGGUCAACAAUGAUGGAGCCAUUGAGUUCUACAAGAAAUUUGGCUUCGAGAUCGUCGACACCAAGGAGCAGUACUACAAACGAAUCGAGCCCGCGGAUGCCCAUGUCCUGCAGAAGGCCCUUCGCCGCAACCCUCCGAAUGCCAACAGCAUCAGCACCAGCACCAACAACGCCAGCAACCCAAAUCCAAGAAGUAAAGUUCGCCAGUACACUUUUGUAUGAAUUUCAAGUAAAUAAAAACCGCUCUGGCAAUGGCAAACGGC